AUGAAGCUCUUCAGGUUGCUUCUUCUUGCGCUUGGAAUUUUGGGCAAAAAUGCCGAAGAAGAAAAUGGAGAUGGAAAAGUAACGCAUAAUGCCAGCGAUGUACAGAAACUGAAUGAGCUUAGAAGAGCUAUUCUUGAUGCGCAGAAUUUGAUUUCUUCCUUGUCUUCUGAGGAAAUCUCAGAAAAUAUCGAGAAUGAAAUCAAAAAUUUAAAACAAGAAGGAAUCAUUGAUCAAGUGGUGGAGACCGCCGCGGAAAUCAUAAAAGAAGGGAAGUCAGAAGACGAGCUGAUCGACGAACUCGUCACUCUCAAGAAGAUUGGAUCCUUUGGAAACUUUGACCAGAUAACCAUCGAAAGAGACCAUGAAGGUUCAAUGAUCAUCACGAAAACCCAACGAGUCAGCGAAUCCAACUCUCAAGUGUUUCACGAGUACGUCUGGGAUGAUGAUGAUGAAUUCACUCAUUAA